UAGACCAUCCGGACAUGAAAUCAGUAACCUUAUCUAUCUCGUGCUGUCUUUCUUUAGGAGAGCUGAACGCUUCUGUUGUCUUUCUCCUUCGUACUAUUUAAUUCUUAGUCUGCAGGACAGCAUAUUUCAGUUCUAGAACUCCUUUUCUUCAUUCCCUUUUAACGAUGAGGUUCGCUUCUGAACUUGCGGUGGCCAUUUUGGCUCUAUCUAAUGUCGCGGCUGGAGAAGCUCCGUCCCGUAGGUGGACUGGAUCACUCUCCGCGCGCGCUAAUCAUGCGUCAAUCGCCGGACGGCAGAUCGAAAUCGGCGGUCUCAAGCUUGGCGGAGGCAAUGAGACUACCGGAGAAGGGCAGGGUGCGGCCGGCGAAGGUCAAGGUCAAGGUCAGCGCCAGGGUGGUAACGGAGGCGGCUUGACCAUCGGAGGAUUGACGCUUGGUGGACCAAAUGGCGGUAUAACGGGCAAUGGAAUCAACAUUGGAGGGAACCAACAAGGCCAGGGUCAGCAGCAAGAGGGUCAGCAGCAAGAGGGCCAGCAGCAAGAGGGCCAGCAGCAAGAGGGCCAGCAGCAAGAAGGCCAGCAAGCACAACAAGGUCAAGCCCAAGAGGGCCAACAAGCUCAAGAGGGUCAGCAGCAGGGUGAAGCUGCGGCGGCCGAAGGUCAAAGAGCGGGCGAGGCGGCCACAGCCGAAGGCCAAAAGGAGGGACAAGCUGCGGCAGUGGAGAUCGGGGCCGCUACAAACGGUACGCAGGCCGCCGAAGGGCAGAAGCAAGAGGGAGAACCGCAAGCUGCCGCUGAAGGUCAGAACCAAGGAGGCGAGGCUCAAGCCCCCGCUGAACAACAGCAAGGCCAAGAGGCUCAAGCGGGUGCUGGCACCGGAACCGAAAAUCAACCCGGUCGCGCCGAAGGCGAGGCUGCGCAGCAAGAAGGCCAGCAAGCACAGGCUGAGGCUCAACAACAGCAAGGCGAGGCUGCCGCUCAGGGCGAGAAGUCGAACGGUGUCAAAGCCACCGAGGAGGCCGAGCAGUUCUCCGAAAACGCCGGUAUCACGCUUGAUCAGAGUGGCAACGCUCAGAACCUUGGUGGCAACCUGGGUAUCACACAAGGCUCCGAUGGAAGCAAGUCCAUCGGUGGAGAGAGCGGGAUCAAUAUCGCGGCGAAUGGGGAAGCGACGAUUGCAGGGAAUGAGACGGAGUAAAACAUCGUUACCAAAGACAGAGCUCCCCAGGCUAUCCCUUGCGCCAGUGCCAGUCCGGAAUCUCCCAACAAUAAAUGCCUCAAU